GUUCUUUUAAAAAAAAGUAGAAUUCAAAUUUUAGAUACAUUAAGAAAAUAAUUUUUAAUAUAAAAGUAAAAAUUAAAAGUUUUUGUGGCAAUAAAUUGUAUUAAAAUAUGUAAUUCAAGAAAUUGUUUUUUAAAAUUAUUAUACAUCUUUGCCUUUUUGAAAAAAAAAAACUAAUUGUAUUAUUUAAAAAUGGAAGGAAAAAUGUGUUUAAAUCCAUCAUGUUCAGCACCGGAAUUGAUUUCACUUGUACCUCAUGAACCAGAAAUAAAUCGGGAAAUUAUAAGUGAUCCGCAUAUUUUAAAAGAGCCACUUUUAGUAAAUGGUUACACAUCAGUUUUUAAUGUAAGUGGAAAAAGUGAUGACAAUACAGAAGCGAGUAUUAAUUUUAAUAAAACUCAAAUAAAAUACCAAAUAUUACAAAAUACACAUGUUCAUGUUACGAAUACUGUAAUAAUUGAUACUGAAAAAGAUAUUUUACGUAAAAUUGAAGAUAAUGAUCCAACUACUUUAAAAAAAUUAUUAGAUUCACAAAGAAUGUCGGCAGCAAAAAGAUUAAAUACAUUUAUAGAAAGUGUAUCAAAGACAGUAAAAUCCGCUAGAAAAUCUACAACAAAACAAAAUAUAAAUUUAAAUCAUCAUGAUCCAAAACCACUUUUAUCGACACAUAAAAGAUUAAAAAUAACACAACCAAUAACCAAUCCAACAAAUUUACCAAAAAUUCAAUUCAUACCUGCAAAAUCUUCAGUAAUUACGCCACAAGUUUCAAAUGAAUCUUUAGUUACAUCUGCUGCACAUCCUUCUCUAAAGAUAACUUCAGUUACCUCAAUGAAUGAAGCAUCAGUACCACAAUUACAGAAAGUACAACCUGUUGCAAUACAAGCAGCACCCGUUCCUGUCGUACCACAAUUACCUUUAUCACCAAAUUCAGCACCACUUCCAUUAAUUUCUUCAGUACAAAGUGUUGGGCAACCGGUUAUUCGAGCACCUAUGUUUACAGAACAAGAAAAGUCUGAAUUUCAAAAAAUGAGAGAAGAAAUAACUGAACUAAAAGAACUUUUGAAGCAGAUUGGAGGAAAUGUUCGUAAACACGAUACAUAAUAAAACCGUUAAACAAACAAUUUUGCAUAUUUUCUAGAACGGAGAUGGUUUAAAAUUUUACUUUGCUAAUAAAGUAAAGUGCGAAGUUAAGAGUUAAAAACUCUCAACAUUUUCUAUUGUAAUGUUUUUUUAUAUAUAAAUUAAUUAUACAAAAUUAUUUCAUAUUUAAAUAUAAUAUAUGUAUAUGUAAUAGAAUUUAAAAACUAAAAUUAAAGGAAAUUAGA